UUAAAAGAAUAAUACAAUUAGAAAAUCAGAAUUUCAUAAUGGAAAAAAUUUCUCUAUUCGAGUCUUUUAAUAUCAAUAUAAAAAAUAAACAAGUCAAUGAAAAUGAUUAUAACAAUAUUAUGGAUUUAUUGAAUGAAUUAUCUGCACUUGACCCAAAAUGUUUGUUGGCAGAUGAUUAUGAAAAAUUAAUUAAAUAUUUGCCUUUAUCACCCAAUGUUUACGGCAAUCAAGUUUUAGCUGCUGGGUGUAAUGUGAUUGCUUCAUUAUGUUCAGAUGACUUAGCGAGACAUUAUUUUGGAGAAAAAAUAACCAUGUCUACUGUAAAUAUAUUAAAAUCACUUACAAGUCGUAUUAAUAAAGAUAAAUAUAUUCAAGAAUGUCUCCUUCAGACAUGUCGUGCAAUUGGAAAUCUUUGUUAUUACCAUGAGGAAAAUACCAAGUGUGCAUUAAAGGAAGGAUGUCUUUUAAUUACGAUUGAAGUUUUGAAAACAAACAUUAAUGAAAACAUUCAACCUGUUAUCAUUGGAUUAUUAUUAAAUUUAACUCAUUUGAAUGACUACAAUUACAAGUUUCAGGAUAACAUGAUUGAAGAAUUAAAUUUUUAUGGAAUUCAAUAUAUGGAAUAUAAGAACAAUAACCAUAGAUUUUAUAUAAACUUGGUGUCAGUAAUGAUCAAUAUUGUUAGAAAGUCCUCAAGUAACACUACAAUAACAGACUUUGAAAAAUGUUAUUUUAUUGAUCGUUUAUUGGAAACAUAUAAUAUGCAAAUCAAUGUUACUUCAAUUUGUAUUAAAUUCAUCAAACAAGUCUCUAAAACUCAUAAUGUUUAUAAUUGGAUAUUGAAAGAAAAAUAUAAAGUGUUAAUAGAAGUAUUGGAUAAAUAUGAAGAAAAUCAAGAAGAAGAACCAAAACGUAUUGUUAAAAAAAUAUGUGAUAUUAUAAUAUUGCUUUCCAAUGAUGAUGGUGCAAUGGAAAAAAAUAAACAACUUGAUGUUUUAUAUUUAGUAGAAUGGCUACUGAAAAAACUACAUUCUAAUAAUUUGUACGUUAAGUUGUCGGCUGUAAGAUCAUUAGCGAAUUUUAGUAGAUAUAAAUAUGAACCAAAUCAUUUAACCAUAAGUCCUGCAAAAACUAUAAUGAAACAAAUAACAUGGUUUAUAAAUACUUUGGACAAAUCAAUCAAGGAUAACAAUUCAUUGAUGGAAGUAUCUAUACUCUGUUUGUUCAAGAAUCUUUUAUAUGUUACAAAUUUCAAGUCUAUGGAUGAGAAUUGUACAGAUAAAUUGAUCAAAACCACUAUUGAUGUUUUAAGCCACACUACAUUUAAUUCAAUAGUAAUGAAAGGCAUGGACAUAAUAAGAUGUAUCAUAAAAAAAGGUGGCAUUGGUCAAAAACAACUUGUUUUGUACAAAAAUUCAACUUUUAUCAAAUUAGUAACUACUCAUUGUAAUAGUGAUGAUGAAGACAUUCAAACAUUAGCCAAAAAAUUACUUUAUUCAAUUAACGAGGAUAUAACUGAAUCUGAAGUCGUUGGAUUAAAUACAAUGGAAGACAAUGUACAAAUUAAAGAAAAAAUUUGAAAACCGCGUUCAAAAAUAUUAUGCAAUAAUGAAUACGAUUGAAAAAUCUGGUGCUAGUCUUGUAUUUAAUAAAAUAUGUAUUGUGCCGGUUAAUACAUUGUAGUMAUAUACAAUGUGUAUAAAUGAAACAAAUUUUCAAGAUAUUGAAAUAAUAUUAUCAUAGAAAAAUGUAAUAGGUGUUAGUUAUUAGCUGUUAUAGUUACAAUUAACAUUGUUAAAAAUAACAUAUUGGAAGACAACUUUUUGUUAUAGGUUGCAUUAUUAUAAGAAAAGUAUCAUUUUUUUUUACUAUAAAUAUAAAUUAAAAUGUAUUACAUUUAAUUAAUAGUUAGCACCAAGUAAUAUAAUGCCAUAAUAAUGGUGAUAGGUGAUAGCUAUUUUAUAUUUUAGAAUAUAUUUCACAUUCAUUUGUACUUGUUUGGAGCUUUUCUAUAACAAUUUUUUUUAUCAUUAUUGGUGCAUAUAUGAGGCUAGGCUGUUAACCAUAUUCCUUGAAAAGUACAAUCAACAUGUUGACUUUGUUAUCCUUAACAGACUAUAAAUAAUUCUGUAUGUGUAGAUACAUUUUUAAUUUAAAUUGUAUUAGCAAACAGCAGUUAUAAGUUGAAAUAUUUUACUAACAUUCAA